GUUGCAGUUGUUGUACAUAACAAGCUUGCCUGCUGACAAUUUUCUUUUCGUCGAUUUAUUUCUAUCAGUGCAAUAUUGCAUACGUAUACGGAAAAGAAUAAAAUCUUGACAUUAGAACGAGAAACCAAAAUUCGAACACAAGAAUAGCAUUCAUCAUGGCCAAUAACAGCAUUAAACCAGUAACACACGUACUAUUUGAUAUGGAUGGCCUUUUGUUAAACACUGAGGUCGUUUAUGAGAAAGUGUUUCAAGACGUCACAUCAAAGUACGGGAAAAUGGUAACGCCUGAGGUUCGUACGAAAUUAGUAGGCACAAGUGAACAUGCAGCAUGUGAAAUUUGUGUCAAAGAAUUGAACUUAAAUGUUUCAUUAGAAGUUUUUGUGAAAGAUUUUCAUGCCUUAUCACAAGAACGUCUACCAAGUGCUGACUUCUUGCCUGGAGCUGAGGGAUUAGUUCGACAUUUACAUUCCAAUAAUAUCCCAAUUUGUGUAGCAUCUGGAAGUUGUAAAGAAAGUGUUGAAGUAAAAGUUUUAAGGCAUCAAGAAGUUUUUAAACUAUUCAAUCAUAUCGUCAAUGGAUCAGAAGUUAAGCAUGGAAAGCCUGAACCUGACGUCUUCUUUUUAGCUGCAAGUCGCUUUGAUCCGAAACCUGAGCCUUCAAAUUGCCUUGUUUUUGAAGACUCAUUCCCUGGCGUUCAAGCAGCACUUUCAGCCGGCAUGCAAGUUGUAAUGGUGCCAGGACCUCACAUUCCUGAAGAAAAGCGUGCCAAGGCUACAUUAGCAUUGAAUUCUUUGGAAGACUUUAAACCCGAACUCUUUGGCUUGCCUCCAUUUACAAGUUAAUUAACUCGAGUGAUUCAGCAUUACUUAUGCAGCAUAAAAAGCUCACUAACGUGCAAGUUAUUAAGUUCACAGGCCCUUACAUAUUUAAUUAAAAAUUAUUAAUAUAUUUUUUACGAGUUCCUGGCUUGAAUGGUG